GAAAUGGGUUGCAGCAAUUCAAAGAAAACGGACGGGACAGAGACGGGUUACAACAAGCCUAGGAACAAAGAUCAAGAUGUGCAGCAAAGCCGUGCUUUCACCAACUGUAGCAUAAACACAAACAACGGCAAAGAUGAAAAGACAAGUCCAGUGAAGAAGGGGAAUAAGAUGGUUGAAGCAAAGAAGGAAAAACAUGUUCAAUUUGUGGAGCCUAUUCCAUAUGAGGAAAAGCUUAUUGAAAUGGAGGAAGCUGAAGCUGAAGCUGAAUCAGAAGAUGAACCUUUCUAUUCAGCCGAAGAAGAAGUUGAUUCAAAGAAGCCAAACUCUUAUCAAAAGGACCAUGCUCAUAAAAAUUGAUUUUAUUUUUACCAAAAUAUUAGCUUGAACCUCAUCUUUGAUAAAGUCUCAAGUGAUAUUCUAAAUAAUUAAUUUGUC